ACUCAGUCAACUUCCUAUAGACCUUAAAUGUCUGGUUUUGAAGAAAACGUUGCUGUAGUAAUGGGAGAGUGGGUGCCUUGUAAUCCUAGCUCGAAACGUGUUCUUGAAAGAGAGUUAUCUUUGAAUCAUGGUCAGGUUACUAGUAAUAACAACAAGGAUUCUUCGCAGACCAACAACAUUUCAGGAGGUGGUUUAAGAGAAAGAAUCGCUGCUCGUGCUGGAUUCAACACUCCGAGGCUAAACACUGAGAACAUCCGCUCUAACACCGACUCUUCUAGUCUUCGGUCUCCUUGCUUAACCAUCUCUUCUCCUGGCCUUAGCCCUGCCACACUCUUGGAUUCUCCUGUUUUCCUUUCUAACCCAUUGGCUCAACCGUCUCCAACUACAGGGAAAUUUCCAUUUCUUCCGGGUGUUAACUGUAACAGAUUGUCUUAUUCUGAUAAAGAGAAAGACGAGUUCUUUGAUGGCGUUGGAGCAUCAUUCACAUUCCAUCCUGUUUCAACAUCCUCCUCCUCUUUCUUCCAAGGCGCUGGAGAGAUGACGCCAGUUGAUUAUGGUAACUACAACAACAGUCCUUCUCAUCAGUCCCCAGAAGAAGAUUUAAAACUCGGUUCUGAACAAAGUGGCUUGAAGAGGAAGUCAUCUGAUGCCACUACAAACACCAAUGAUCAUCAAGAAGUGGAAGAAGGAGAAGAGGAAGAGCAAAGAGGUGGUGAUUCCAUGGUUGGUGGCGGUGCGCCUGCAGAGGAUGGAUAUAACUGGAGGAAGUACGGACAAAAGUUAGUUAAAGGAAGCGAGUAUCCGCGAAGCUAUUACAAGUGCACAAACCCGAACUGUCAUGUGAAGAAGAAGGUCGAGAGAUCAAGAGAAGGCCACAUUACUGAGAUUAUAUACAAAGGAGCUCAUAAUCACUCCAAGCCUCCACCUAACCGCCGCUCGGGAAUGCAAGUAGAUGGAACUGAACAAGCUGAACAACAACAACGGCAGCAGCAGAGAGAUAACGCUGGAACGUGGGUUAGUAGUAAUAACACUCAACAACAAGUUGGAAGCAAUGAGAACAAUGGGGAAGAAGGAGGUCAGUAUGAGUCAGGUGAUGGUUAUGGUGGUGUAAUCAUGGUGGAUGCCUUGUCGACAUUCUCUAAUGAUGAAGAUGAAGAUGAUCGAGAAGGGACUCAUGGGAGUGCUUCUUUGGGAUAUGAUGGAGGUGGAGGAGAAGGAGAAGGAGAUGAAUCCGAAUCGAAAAGAAGGAAACUUGAGGCUUACGCAACAGAGAUGAGUGGAGCGACAAGAGCUAUACGUGAGCCAAGAGUCGUUGUUCAGACAACGAGUGAUGUUGACAUUCUCGACGAUGGCUAUCGCUGGCGAAAGUAUGGUCAGAAAGUUGUUAAAGGCAAUCCAAACCCGAGGAGUUACUAUAAAUGCACAGCACCUGGAUGUACAGUGAGGAAACAUGUAGAGAGAGCUUCUCAUGAUCUCAAAUCCGUUAUAACCACCUACGAAGGCAAACACGACCACGAAGUCCCCGCCGCACGCAACAGCAGCCACGGUGGAAACGGUAACAGCGGCGUUUCAGCCGCUCAAACACAACAUUACCAAGAGCCACCACGUGGCAGAUUCGAAAGACAACUAACGGCGAACAACCAGUCUCAAUUUGGACGUCCGUUUAGUUUCCAGCCUCAUUUGGGUCCCCCUUCAGGUUUUGCGUUCGGUCUAGGACAAACCGGUUUGGGUAAUCUUUCGAUUCCUGGUUUAGCGUUUGGUCAAGGGAAGUUACCGAGUUUGCCUUACCAGUAUCUGAGUCAACCGGGUGGAAUGAGUGAAGCGAUGAUGCGGAGAGGGAUGGAGCCUAAGGUUGAACCGGGUUCAGAAACAGGACAAUCGGUAUAUAACCAGAUAAUGAGUAGAUUACCACAGAUUUGAUGAACAUUUGCUCUCUUUUCUUUUGCAUUUGCAUAUGAUAACUUUUAAUUUCUGUUUCAUUUUCUUUAAUUUUUAUUAGUUUGGAACAUUGGGGAAGGUUAAAAGCUGUUACCAUUUC